CAUGUUUCCGAUAUCCGACAUAGAGGGCAGCUUUCGCGCCUUUUCGAGGGACGCUAACGCCAUUGUGGUUUUUGCUGUAGCUACUCUUAGUUUAUGCAAGGAUUUUAGUGGUAUCUGAGCAAAAUGACUGAUAUCAGGACUUCAAGCACUCCACCAAAAACAAAAAUAUUUGUUGGCCGGCUCCCAGAAAAUGCCAACCCACAAGAUUUGAGGAAGUUAUUUGAGCAAUAUGGCGUUGUCACUGAGUGUGAUAUUCUUAAUCGUUAUGGUUUUGUGCACAUGAAGACGGAAGAGAUGGCAGCAGAAGCUAUAAAAGCUCUAAAUAAUGCAGAAUUUAUGGGUGUACAGAUCAGUGUUGAGCAAUCAACAGGAAAGAAGAGUGGCAGAGGCAGUUCCUUUAGAGGUGGAUUUGGUCCUGUCCGUGGGAGAGGAGGGUUUAGGGGAGUUGGAAGAGCUAGCCCAUAUAUGAGGGACAGCAGACCUGAUUUUGAAAGACGACCAGGGCUGCCACCACCACCUGGCAUAAGAAAUGGAUUUUAUGAUGGAAUUGAUCGUGGCUAUGAUUCAUAUUAUCCAUCAAGAGGGCCUCCACAUCCAAUGAUGGCAUCUAGAGAUAGGGAAGUGGAAAGGCGUCCUGCCUACCCAGAACCUGGCAGGUCACCAUAUGAACGUCGGUCUUUCUCAGAUGUUGGCCGUAGCCCGUAUGAACGACCAACUUUGCCCCCUGUUGCUUCUUUUGAGCGUCGCACUGAGUAUGGUGCAGCUAGACUUGGCUCUGAUAUUUACCGGAGGAGAACACCACCACCAGCCUCAAGUUUUGGUACCUCAGGGUAUGAACGUGAGCCACUGGACAUGUAUGGUCCACCCACUCGAAGUUAUGAACGUGAGGGCUUGGAUCCGUAUGGGCCACCAGCCAGACGCUAUCCAUCUGCAGCUCCACUUGACCACGAGUUGCCGCCACACCAUUACUAAACAUUCCUUACUCCAAGAAACUACUUGAGAGAACUGUAAUAUUUUUUGUAAUGAAAUUUCAUGAUCAUCAUGAAUAUGUGAUGUGGUUCAGAGAUUAUGGAAAUUUAACUCACAUCAGCUUCAGUUUGUGAAAUUGACAAUCAACUAUGUAAUUGAUUACAUAUAUGGCUGGUACAGUUGUACUUAUAACAUGUAAAAUGACAAUUGAACUGCAUGCAUUGGGUAUACAAUUGUGACACAAUACUAUACAGUAUUCUGUGAUACAAAUGUGUAAAAUUUGUCUUGGCUAAUUUUUAAAAGUUAACAGAUUUUGUACUUUUUCUAGUUUUAUUACAAGUAGACAUGUAGUCUUCCGUUGCUUGUACAAGGACUUUACCACAACAACAGAAAACAAAUAAAUAUGCCUAUUUUGAACUUCCA